ACCUCUCCUGCGACUCGAGCACACGACACGACACAUACACGCAACAUGCUGUCCGCGAUCCGAACCGCAGUACGCCCGACGACGCUCCUCGCGCGCAACGUCGCGUCCAUGGGCAUGCGCUCGAAGCACACCCUGCCCGACCUGCCGUAUGCCUACAACGCCCUCGAACCCUACAUCUGCGAGGAGAUCAUGAAGCUGCAUCACAGCAAGCACCACCAGACGUACGUCAACGGGCUGAACGCUGCUGAGGAGGCCUACGCCUCGGCGUCCACGCCCAAGGAGCGCAUUGCCCUGCAACCCGCGCUCAAGUUCAACGGAGGCGGACACAUCAACCACACCCUCUUCUGGAAGAACCUCGCGCCCGCUUCCGCAGAGGGCGGCAAGCUCGCGGAUGGCCCGCUGAAGCAAGCCAUCGAGCGCGACUUUGGCUCUGUCGAGGCGAUGAAGAAGGAGCUGAACACGAAGACGGCCGCGAUCCAGGGUUCGGGCUGGGGCUGGCUCGGGUACAACAAGUCGACGGGCAAGCUCGAGGUGGUGACGACCGCAAACCAGGACCCGCUGAUCUCGCACGUCCCGCUGAUCGGGAUCGACAUCUGGGAGCACGCGUUCUACCUCCAGUACAAGAACGUCAAGCCCGACUACCUCAACGCGAUCUGGAACGUGAUCAACUUCAAGGAGGCGGAGGCGCGCUUCUUGGAGGCGCAAUCUUAGAUGGCCCGAGCGCAUAAGUACGCCCGGUCUUGAUGAACAUUGCUGUAUUUGUAUAGUGGACGAACACAGAACUGCUUCUUCUACAG